AUGGAAGAAGUAGAGGGAUCCUGCAGAGGCGACAGUGGCGACCAUCGGAAGGUUGCAGCUGCUUUUGUGUUGGAAAUGAUCUGGAAACGCGCUUUGAUAAUAGGCUGUUUAACCAUGAGCUUCCUUGGGAUUAUUAAUUUGGCCUUAGUCUCGAGAACUGACAAGUAUCCCCUCUCUUUCCACGCUGGCGGCGACACCAGAACGUCACACCAGCGGCCAGAGAAUGGUAUGUGCAUCUCUCUCUCUCUCUCUUCCCCUCUCCGUCUACCCUUCUCUCUGUCCCUCACCUCUCUCCGUCCCUACAUUCCUUCCUCUGUCUAUCCCUCCCUCUCCCUCACUCACUUACACACACCCGCCAAUAUAGGCCCAUCCGAUCCAAUACUACCUAUCACGAAAUGUCAAAGAAUAUGUGGUUAGCUCUCGGGGAGGAUUUGUUAAUUCGCAGGGUCCAAUCUAUCAUGCGAAAGAUCACAGAAGUGCAACUAGGAUAGAACAUUCACCUUCCAGACUUUCUAACCCAGAACCCAAUGAAAGACAUACCUAUUUUGAGAAACCCCGAUAGCUCGUCAACAGGGUCAUGAGAAUUCAGAGCAAAUCUAGAUUUUUUGCAUAUGGGGAGUAAUUUUUUCGUAGUAGUUAGCAGUUGUGAGUAUUGGUUUGACAUGAAGUAAAUCCAUCAUCAGUUCAACCCUAUUCAUUUCUGGAUGGAAAAUAUGCUACAUAAACAGAAAGAAAGUGGGGGGAAAAUUUAUGUGUAUCCAUAAUUUUCAGCGGGAGAACAUUGGCUACUACUAAUAUCUGAUCAUAGGUGUUCCAAUUGGCAUAACAUGGUGGUAGAUUAAACGACUCUACUGAUCGUCAGUGUCAUGGACUAAACACGGGUCAAGUUAUAGAAAGGAGGUGUCGAGAACUGAUGCGAACCCAUGUUGUGAGAUGUUUACGUACCUGUUCUUUGCCAUUCAGGUUUAUGGUGGGUAGACUUAUGUAAUACUGUAGCUAGGACCACAAGGCGUCGUCACUUUAUGAUUACGAGGGUCAGAAGGGGACACGAAAUAAUGAGAAAAACACCCGGCAACUUGCGCAGGAGUCUGGAGCCCAUCUCGUCCUAAAUGUCAUUAAUUUCCUCUUGUGGGUAUCUUCUUCUUGCUCUGUAUUUGUGCUGCCGCAAGCAACCUCGAAUUGUGCUGUAGAUUCUCGGGGGGAAAUUCCAUUUCCAUACUAGGCCUCUGGAUGUGGCUUGUUGAAUCUGUGUUCUAGGCUGAAUGUCGAAGAGAUUCCUCUCCUCACCAUAUGUAAGUCUCGCAUUUGAGAUCGUAGUUGGCAGUAAACCCUCAGCUGUGUGCAGGAUCUGGGAAUGCAACCUUCCUGGGGCCGCCCCCUAGCAAACGAGGGGAAGACUACUUCAGCGGUCUUCUCGUUGCCGGAUUCAACCGCAGUUCCUGCCGGAGCAGGUACGAGUCCGCCCUCUACCGAAAACCCUCCCGCUACAAGCCUUCCGCCCGCCUUGUGCGAAAGCUCCGCCAGUACGAGGAUCUCCACAGGAGAUGCGGCCCCCACACCGCGUCUUACAACAAGGUACUGCGACUCCUGAAACCCGGCGGCGCCGCCAGGGAAGCGGCGGAGACGGGGUGCAGAUACCUCGUGUGGACACCCACCUAUGGGCUAGGGAACAGGAUCCUUUCUCUUGCCUCCACCUUCCUCUACGCUCUCCUCACAGACAGGGUCCUCUUGAUCGACCGGGGGAACGACUUCUCCAGCCUCAUGUGCGAACCCUUCCCGAAUACUACCUGGCUUCUGCCUCUGGACUUCCCAGUCAAGAACUUCAACUCCUUCAACCAAGGGCACCCUUUGAGCUACGGGCGCCUGGUAAAAAACAAGACUCUCAGAAACGACGUCCUUGAGGAUCCCUUCUCCGGCCACACUCCGUCGUCCUUUGUCUACCUCCACCUAACCGGCGGGUACACCAGCGAGGACGCCUACUUCUUCUGCGAGCCGGACCAGUUGGUCCUCCGAGAGGUCCCUUGGUUGCUGGUGAGGUCGGACGAAUACUUCGUGCCGGCCCUCUUCUUGAACAACAUCUUCGACCUUGAGCUAACUCUGAUGUUUCCAGAGAAGGAGGCGGUAUUCCACCACCUCUGCCGCUACCUCUUCCACCCCUCCAACGAAGUCUGGGGGAUGAUCACCAGGUACUACGAGUCUUAUCUAGCCACGGCCGAGGAGAUAGUGGGGAUCCAGAUCAGAGUCUUCGACAAGAAACGGAGUCCAUUCGACGUCGUCCUCAGACAAGUGCUCGAUUGCACCCUCACACAAAAACUGCUGCCGGGAAUUGACCUAAGCCACCCUGCCGCCGUGGCCGACCGGCGAAAGACUAAGGCCGUUCUCAUCACCUCCCUCUACACAGGGUACUUGGAGCAUAUUCGAACCAUGUACUGGGAGCACCCGGCCGCUGGCGGCUUGGUCGUCAGCGUCCACCAGCCCAGCCACGAGGGAUGGCAGAACACGGGAAACAAGGCCCACGACAUGAAGGCGUGGGCGGAGAUGAACCUGCUGGGCUUCGCCGAUGUGAUAGUCACCACCGCACGGUCGACCUUCGGUUAUAUAGGUCAGGCCCUCGGCGGCGUGAAGCCCUGGAUUCUCCUCCGGCCGCAGAGCGCCACCAUCCCGAAGCCUGCCUGCGUACGGGACUUCUCCAUGGAACCCUGCUUCCACGCGGCGCCUCAUUACUUCUGCAGGGGGGAGAAAGGCGGCGACAUCGGCGCGGUGGUGCCGUACGUCACUCGCUGCAAGGACGUCCCCAAUGGACUCAAGCUGGUUGACUUAGGGCCUUCAAAAGUGUAG